GCAGGGGGCGCUCAGGCGCUUCCCUUCCAGACACAAAGAAGCAGCAGCAGAGGAAGAAGCAGCAGGGCAGGAUGGGCGCGCGUGCGGGGCGCCUGCUGCGGCGCUUUAAUGUGGAGAGUCGCGCGCACAAAGAAAUAAGCAGGAGCAAGCCGGAGCCCGCGCCACGGCACGAGACGUACAGUCCAGGUCCUGUGGUCAGUGAAGAAAUCCACAGUAAGGACGACCCACUGCUGUUUCGACUAAAGCAGGUUUAUGUGGAGUCUAAAGAUCCUUUGAAACAGACUGCAGUUGUUCCGGUGCUGAAGAAAGUGGAGCGGCGGCCACUGAGGCACAGUUUUCCGGGAGAUCAUUUGGGAAUUGGUGAAAUUACAGACGUUCCUGUGGGAAAGGUCUCCAUCGUCGAGGCUCUGAAGGUUCUAAACGAUCACAAACGCUCGCCUCAAACGUGGACGCUGGAGAAGAUAGCGCAGGAUUACUCUCUGCAGCUGAAAGACACUAAAGCGCUCGUGGAGUUUUUUAUUCCAUUCGAGGUGAAAAUUAUUCCGCCGAAAUCAGACAGGAAACAGAUUAAGAGCACUUAAGGGUGAGCAUGACCUCUGAUCUGAGACCUGCUUAGGUUCACACGCUGAGGAACGUUAAUCUGUGAUUGUGUGAAGUCAGUGUGAGACGCUGAGCAGCCUGGGACGGACGUCAUUAAUGAUGGAUGUUACAUUUUCUGUUUCAUGUUCAGUAACGAUGUGAGAUCUUUCUUUAGCUCAGUAAUGCGGCUGAAUGUGGCCUAAUUCAUAAUUUAAUAAGGUACAACACAAAUAAAACUAAAGACUGUACAAAGUUUAACAAUCACAACAUUCAUGAAGAGCAGGAUAUGAUGCAGUGGUGUCAAAGUUCAGCUCACUUUUCAGAACAGCAAAAAUAAAGUGCUGAUAAUCUGUC